UUCAAACAACAGUCAUGAUAUACGGAUUCUAGAUUUAUGAUUUUCUAUUAUAUACACAGAGUUUACGAAAAAAGAGAAAUGUAAAUUGGUUAUCAUGUAUUAUUUCUUAAUAUUCUGUUUGUUGUAAGAACUGUUUGUUGUAAGAAUUGUUUAAUAUUAACUGAUGACAGAUAUAAGUUAAUUAUCCGCUAAUUAUCUAGCGUGAUCGCGAACAAUAGCGAUGUUCUUGCAUUAUGUGCAUAAAAAAGGAUUUUAAGAAACUAUUCCUUUUUUAAAUUAUCUUACAAAAACUGUCGAUUCAGAUAGGAGUACGUUUAUAGAAUAUCGCUAUCACAUUUACUAUCGUAUCUGGAUCGUGCUAUCUAGAUUUCUGUGGUUAAAGAUGCUUCUACAGUUAAAGUAGUAUAUGCUCUAACUGUACUGUAUAUUGAUAUUUAUUGACAGCCGCUGACAGUUGAGUGCCAAACUUUUGAGUUAUUGAAUGACUCGAAGAUUCUAAUUGAUGCUGAGUAAUUUCCUUGACCCUAUGCUAAUAUGAAGUAAAGAUUUUAAUUACCCAGUAACGGCAGAUGGUGAUUACUUAAAAAAAAAAAAAAUGAAGUUGGAAUUACAAUGAAUAAUAAUUAUGCUGAAUACGUAUAAAUAACACAUCACUGUCUGAGUUAGCAACAGUGAAAUAUGCAGGUGCUUCCCAUGAAGAUGUUUGACUUUGGAUUGUUUAAUUAGUUAAUUUGUCCUAUACUUUUUUUUAUAUUAAUCUCAACAUGUUUUCUAUUGUAUACAACAUCUGGCCAAUGCUAGAGGAUAUUAUAGUUGAAUAUACCGAUGUGGACUUUACAUGGUUGUCAUGGCUCUUAAUGCCACUUAUUGUAACAUUUUUACUCCCGCUUGUGAUUGUGCUGCUGUUCUAUUUAACUUCUUUAAUAUUAUAUGUCUACAAGUUACACAGAGUUAGAUUAAGAACCGCUUAUGGUACUGCAUGGCGAGAUGCUGCACGAUAUACAACUGCAGCUAUCUGGGAUGCACACGGUUGGAUCUGGCAUGGAUAUGAAAUUGUAGGCUUAGAGAAUAUUCCGCAGGACAAACCAGUUUUGUUUAUAUAUUACCAUGGAGCUAUUCCAAUUGAUAUAUAUUAUUUUAUGUCUAAAGUAUUUCUAUUUAAUUCAAAACUAAUCCACACAGUAGCUGAUCGAUUCCUCUUUAAUGUCCCUGGAUGGUCCAUAAUCCUCGAUGUUUUGAAAGUAAUACCUGGUACAAUUCAAACAUGUUCUGCUGUAUUAAAAGAAGGAAAUAUGCUUGCUAUUUCACCGGGCGGCGUAUACGAAGCUCAAUUUGGGAAUUCUUACUACAAACUAAUGUGGAAGAAAAGAAUGGGUUUUGCAAAAGUUGCUCUGGAUGCCAAAGUGAGUAUAAUUCCCAUAUUUACAAAAAAUAUCAGAGAAGCAUUUAGAACGAUAAGUUGGGGAAGAAGGAUAUGGUUGAAGAUUUAUUCCUGGACAAAGGUUCCUUUUGUACCCAUUUAUGGAGGAUUUCCAGUAAAAUUGAUAACAUAUGUGGGUAAGCCAAUUCCAUAUGAUGGAAAUCUGACACCUGAAGAAUUGCAGAUAAAGGUUGCUGAUGCUCUUAAAAAUUUAAUAAACGAACAUCAAAGAAUACCUGGUAACAUAACAUGGGCAUUAAUAGAAAGAAUGUAUAAGACAAGAAGUUAGAAAAAUUAGUGAUAACCUUUUUAUCGUACUUAACAAUUAAUGCAAUUAUAUUAAAAUAUACGUUAGAAAUUAUUUUAGUCCAAAUUGAUUGGACUUAUUUUAGGUGUUACGAAAAGAAGAAUAUAGUAAAAAUGUUCUAUUUAAUAUAGAUUUUUUAAUAUUUAUAUUAUUUUUAUAAAUUUAUUUUAUAUUUGUACUUAAAUGUGGUUGGUUUUA